CAAUCAACGCCGAAGGUGGAAAACGAACAACGAGUCGCUGCUGUUGCUCCCACCGUCACCUUCUUCAUCCCUUCUUCUUCUUGACCCAACAGACCACACACUCAGCAGCAGCAGCAGCAGCAGCAGCAGCCAUGCAGAAGAGGCCACGGACAGGCGGGAGCGGCGGUAUGACGCGGCUGUCUGCCAACUCUUCCCGUGCACAAUCUGCGACAGUCACUAGCAGCUCGCAACGAGCCCAAGGACAGCACAGACAAGGGUCCACAUCACCAUCGUCGCCAGGCUCGCCCCCAUCAGCUACAGAACACGAUCUGAACGACACCUCGGACCACGUUGCCCACGAGGAGCACAUGCCCUCCCACAAGGCAUCCGUACACCUCAUCACAGAGUUUCUUGCUGCUGUGAUGGGGAAGAACUUUGAGAAGGCGCAAGCGCUCUGCGAUGAGAUCCUUGAAGUUGAGCCGGAUAACAAGACAGCUCUUGAAUUCCGUGGCGUGCUCCAGCAACAGAUUCAGCUCGAUGCUCAACCCAGCGACAGCAGUGAUGACGAUGAUGAUGACGAUGAUGAUGAUGACGAUGAGCAAGAGGAGUUUGAUGUUGAUGAAGACAUUGAAGAGAACAUUGUUGUAUCGGCAAGCCACGAAGCGACGCCUACGAAAAAGCCCUCAUAUCCUCAGGCAACAAGCCAAUCCAACAAUGACGGCGAUGACAACAACAGCAGCAGCAAUGGUGAUGACGACGAUGAUGAUGAUGAUGGUGAUGAUGAUGACGAUGGUGAUGAUGAUGAUGAUGCUGGCCCGAGCGAGGCGAUGCCAGCAGAUGACUACGAGGCGUCGGGGAUUCUUCUCCGCUGCGACGUCAAGACCCCGCGCGAUCUCGCCAUGGAGCUCAAGGGCAUGUCGCUCUCAAAGUAGCGCGCGCCCAUGUGCACCCGCGUCGCGCCGUGCAGCGAAAGCCAAGGCGAUAGCGACAGCGUGUACGUGUGUGUGUGUCGGGAAAAAGGAGCGGAAGGGAAUGUAUGUAGUACUAUGCAGUUGUCAUAACGCGCGCGCUCUUGUUCUUGCGUGAAUGGUUACAUUAAGAGAAAGGAGAGGGGUUGUUUAUGCCAUACAGAACCAACAGCAACAGCACCAA